UGGAGGAUGUUCAGACGUUCCUGUUAUCUCCACUCAAGUGAGUCUGGUUCCUGGUCAAGAGGUAGACAGGACUGCAGAGAGAAAGGAGCAGAUCUGGUGGUUAUAGACAGCACUGAAGAACAGACAUUCUUGUCUACCUUCACUGAGGUAGCAACUUGGAUUGGUUUGACUGACAGAGACGAAGAGGGAACCUGGAAAUGGAUUGAUGGAACACCACUGACUUUAAGACAAUGUGAGGUGACUGGCAGUUCCAGGUACUGGGAGACAAAUGAGCCUAAUAAUGGAGGUGGAGAUCCGAAGGUCGGUGAAGAGGACUGUGCACAUAUCACAUCUGACAAGAAAACUGAAGACAACUGGAAUGAUCUGUCAUGUGAUGCUUCUCUCGUCUUUUCACCACACUCUCAUGCUGUAUUCAACAGGCACCAAGUGAAGAAAACAACUCUAACAAUGAAACAGAACAUCCUGUAUCUCAAUCUAGACAAUCUACUGGAUGAGAUCUGAGACUGUCUUCACCAGAAAAAUAAAAGCACUGGUUGUUUGUACAAGUGACUUGAGGAAGAGUUCAGGUGGACAGGUGGGUCAGCAAACCAUGUGGCUGUGACAUGAGAGACAGCUGUUCUUUUGUUUACUUAACUAAAACUACUUGCUUGGAGUUGAGGAAGGAUUGUCUUCAUGGUUCAAAGUAACCAACGUUGACUGUUAGACAGGACCAUUUGUACACCUACCAUCCAUCACAACCUCCACCUCCAAGCAUUAAGGUUCCCCAGAGCUGUCUUUUGUGUCUAUAGACCAGCUGCAUGUGGACUUAAUUGUCAAAUGUAAUAUUGGGCUUUAUGACACAAUGUAGAUCAGGGGUCUCAAACUCAAAUUACCUGGGGGUCGCUGGAGGCAGAGUCUGGGUGAGGCUGGGCCGCAUCAGGUAUUACACAAAAAAAGGUUAGCAGGCGCAGGCUAGGAUAGCAGGCGCAAAAAAGGCGACUACUUGUUGUUCAUUACCCGCCGUGCUUUUGUUGUUGUAAACGUCGUCAUAGAAACAUGUGAAACAAAUGGCAUCAUAAAGAAAUAUCUUUAUAAUGUUUAUUGUGCAAGGCAUUUACUAUGGAGUAAAAUAUUUUGAGGAAUAAAUCUC